UAGAUUGUACAAGAUUGGUAAAGGAAAAUUUAGGAAUGGCUACUUCAUACAUUCUCUACAAAACUUUUGAUCCAACAUAUGUUCGAAAAUUAUUCACAGAUAUUAUUCAAGCUUUUGAUGUCACUUUGGAUAAAGCAAAAUGGAUUUCCAAAAAGUAUAUAAAAAAAGCUAGAGCUAAGGUGUACAAAACGAUUCUGCUAACUCCUGGCGUUCCUUUGUCAGCAAGAACUGUGGAAGAGUAUUACGAAGAUGUUGAAACUCGCCAAACUACUUUUUUAGACAACUUCAUCAACAUAAUAAAACAUGACACGUCAGCUAGUUUUCGGAAGUUACGCAACAAAAACGAAAGAAUGAAACUAGAUAGUUAUCGUGAAAAUGAUCCAGAGUAUAUUUUGUAUAUUAAUGCAUUAAGUAUAAGACUCUUAUAAUAUAACUAACUAUUUAACUGGUGUUAUUAUGUUUUAGAGCUGCCCCCAUCAAUAUUUAAAUUUCCUGUUAUGAAAUUUGGUAUAACUUCAAUGGAUUAUGGUUCUCUUGGCACUUUAAUAGCUUCUCUUCUAGUACAAGGCUUUGAUUUGAUAGGCUGCAAUUACGAUGAAAUUGGAAAUUAUUAUUUCAAUGAGGAUAACGUAAAUGCUAUGAGUUGUUGGAUUAACAGAGAUAAAUAUUCCAAUCCUAAUAUGGAUUUGGAUUUGGAUGCUUUGAAGAAAGAAGUUGCAGACCUAGCCAGUUUGACUAUUGCCUACGAAACAUUCAAAGCUCAGGAGACGAUUUAUGAUUAUAAGACACUGUUUGAUAUUAAUUUAUCACCGACGCAACUGUUUUUUGUGGCUUUUGGGAAUUUGUUUUGUCAGACUAACAAUGAUGACAUCAACAAUUCAGUAGAUGCCAAUAAAAAACACUUAUUAAGAGUAUUACGGCAUUCGAUGGAUUUUCGAAAGGCAUUUAAAUGUCCUGGAAAUUUAAGCAUGUUUGCUUGUGUGGCUUAUUCUUAAACUCCUUCUUUUUUUUAAUUUCUGCAAUUUUUAUAAUUGGCACCAAGUAUUCACUU